AUUGUGUUUUUUUGCAUUCCAAUACUAACUUGUCUAGUUGUCUUGCUCCCCUGUGAUCUUUUAAUUAAACGUUUGUUUACUUCAUUCUUCUAUCAAUCAACAUAUUCACAAAGGGCAACGCUAUAUGAAUACUGUACAUCCAAGUUUUUGAAAUUCAACUACAAGUAUCUUGAUCCAAAGACAUUAGGUGCUGCUUUCAAUGGACGGUCGCUCUCAAAAUGGUUUUUGUAUUAUAGGUGUUACAGACAAGGUUUUGCCAAAUUGAAUGAUUCAGAAUUUAAGUAUAGUGAAGAAGAAGGUAUCAAGGGGAUUUGGAUAACUUCACCUUGUCGAUGUGCUAAUGAUACUGAUUUUGACCUUGUUCUUUUCUAUGUUCAUGGUGGUGGGUUUAUUCAAAGUUCACCUUGGUUUUAUGUGGAGUUUUUGAAUGUUGUGCUAGUUUGUUUACAAGAGCAAGGUUUCAAGAACCCAGCCAUCUUUAUUGUUGAUUAUCAGCAAGGAAAUUUUAAUGAUGACCUUAGAUACUUAUCAGAAGCGUGGCAAUAUGUUCAAUUGAAAGCUUCCAAAGCUCAUUUAGUCUUAUCUGGAGAUGGCUCUGGUGGAUUACUAGCAUUGGCUUUGUUAUUCCAUAUUGCAUCACCAUAUAAUUUCAUUCCAAUACCAGUAAUAGGAUUACAAAAACCUUCUGCAUUGGUUUUAAUAUCACCGUGGACAAAGAUGUACUAUGAAGAAAAAUCAUAUCCUGGAACUAGUGAAGAUUUCAUCAACUAUGAAGUGAUGAAUAAAUUAUCAAAAGAAUACAUUGGAGAAGAACAAUUUAUUCAAUUGAGGGAACAAAUUGAACAGUUAAAGAAAGAUGAUUUGGAGAAAGAAUCCUGCGAUACUGAUGAUAUUUUUGAUCCAAUAAUUGAUCAUUACAGGAAUCCAGGUUAUUGUGAAUCUUUAGAUAUUUGGCAAGAAGCCUUCCCCAGGUAUGGUGCUUAUAUCACAUGUGGAGAUGAAGAGUAUUUGAGAGAUGAAAUAACUGAUUUGGCAGAAAGGAUGAGUGUAGUUGGGAAGACCAAAUUUGAUCCUAGAUCAAACCAAAUACAUUGUUGGCCAGUACUUACAUUCUAUACUGAAAGAAUUGAAGAACUUCGUGAAGAUGGGAUUGAGUACAUUUGUGGUAUCAUUAGUAGAAUGUUACUCUGGAAUACAGACACAUUCUUUGAGCAAGGAGCCUUGGUUCCCGUAAAGAUUGAAUACUCAUGA